UCUUCUUAUAAUUAUCAAAAAAAAAUAAAAGAAAAGAAAGAAAAAGAUCCAACCCCAAUAUUUUCAUCAUCAUCAGUUUCUUCACUUUGUUUUUCAAUAUUCAAUCUAGUCUAGGGCUCAAGUUCCUGAGUCUUUUUCUUUUUAUUUUCUCCUCCAUUUUCUUUAUUCAAAAACAUAAAAAUAAUCACACUCUAGCUUUCUUUAAUUUACUCCCAAAACAAUUCUUAAUUUUAUCUCCCGUCUUUCUUGUUAUCUGUUUUCUUUUGGUUAUUGUGGGGAUGUCAGGUUUGGAUUUAGGUACUGCUUCUCGCUAUGUUCAUCAACUUCAUCCUCCUGAAUUACAUCUCCAUAGACAACAUCAAGAACCAGAUCAAGAUAAUCACAACAACAACGGCAGAAAUCAUCAAUUUCUAGGUGGUGGCGGCGAUGAUGAUAACGACAGCGGUGGUCACCAAGGACUAGAUGGAAACUCUGGAGGACAUGGCGAUAUGGUUGCGCGUCGACCUAGAGGUAGACCACCAGGAUCUAAGAACAAAGCUAAACCACCAGUGAUUAUAACAAGAGAAAGUGCAAAUACUCUUAGAGCACAUAUUUUGGAGGUAGGAAAUGGUUGUGAUGUUUUCGAUUGUGUUGCAACGUAUGCUCGUCGACGGCAGCGUGGUAUCUGUAUCUUAAGUGGUUCUGGUAGUGUAACUAAUGUUAGUUUACGACAACCGGCCACUGCUGGUGCUAUUGUGACGUUACACGGUAGGUUUGAGAUAUUAUCACUAUCAGGUUCUUUCUUACCACCACCAGCACCACCGGGAGCGACUAGUUUGAGUGUAUUUUUAGCUGGUGGUCAAGGUCAAGUUGUCGGAGGAAGCGUAGUAGGUGCGCUGAUUGCUGCAGGUCCAGUUAUUGUAAUUGCGUCGUCUUUUACUAAUGUAGCUUAUGAACGUUUACCAUUAGAUGAAGAUGAUCAGCAACAACUCCAAAUGCAACCAUCUGUUUCUCAAUCAUCUGGAGGGGGUGGUCUUGGCGGCGGAGGUGCUGGUGGUAGCGUAAACAAUCCAUUUCCUGACCAAUCUUCAGCUCUUCCAUUGUUUAAUCCACUCAAUAUGGCUGGUUGUCAGAUACCUAAUGAUGGCUGGGCCGGGGCUGGUCGACCUCCUUAUUGACUUGGAUAGAUCGAUAAUUAGAUCAAUGUAGAAUUUCGAGUGCGUGUGGUGAUGAUGGCGUUAUCAUUGACUUGUUUCUGUAAUCUUCGGGGUAGUGGUUCGGCAAUGGCAUUGGAGCAAAGGUUUACGGUGGAGUUUGAAAAUUUGGAUGAUAUUCAGAAAUUAAGGUCAGAUUAAUUUAAGAUCAUCAUCACCAUCUUCUUGUACAAUUAAUUUCUUGUUUUUCUCUUAUGUUGCUUAUGGAUAUGCUUGUAUUUUUUUUCUCCGUUUAUAACCUAUAAUGGAGAUUUGGUUUUUGAAUUUUGAUGAAAUUAUUUUCCCAUUCAUGA